GCGGCUCUCAGCUGAGCUCCUCACUUGAUUUCCACUUGCACACUCUCCAACGCAAAAUCACGCCUGUCCUCAGACGCGUCGCGACACUUGCCUUCACACCCGCUUAGCCCUGAGUUGCGUAGGCGUGCAAUCAUCUCUACACCAAAACAUUGCACUCCAGCAACAAGAAAACCACUUGGUCGCUCACUCCUCUGGACUUGAAACAGGCUCUGUCUCUUGUGAGUGAUGCCUAAUUCUGUGUGAGGCUUCCGACGGGAGCAAACGGAAGAAAAAGGAGCGCUCCGACUCCCAACCCCGAACUCAGACCCCCGUCCCAAAAAGCAGCAGAUGUGACAAAAGAGGAGAGGCGGAGAAAGAGAAACACAAUCUCCCACCACCCCUCCUUCCCUCAUCUGGGAGAACAAUACCCAGCCUCCAGUUGGAGAGGGUCAGCUUUUGUCCCUCUCCCCACGAUCCCGCUGAAGAGAGCGUGCAGACACGCUGACACAUUGACCUGCUGCUGUGAGAAGAGAACACGGUGCAGAACAGUUGCUACGCUCGGCACAGUUUUAAUUCAGUACUUGGACAGCUCCUGAGAGACGACCAGCGCAAGUGUGUGUUUCCAUGAGUGAGUAGACUCUACUCUACUGUUUUGGUUCGGAGACCAAGAACCACAGAUGCAGCCCCCGUGUACGUUCCAGCUCGGUCCCUGUGGCCCCUCUCCAUCCCUGGGAUCGCAGAGCAGCACCGUCGGCUUCCAUCAGCUGGAAGAGAAGCAGCUUUUUGAGAAGUUUUGGAAGGGUACUUUCAAGGCCGUAGCCACCCCGAGACCAGAGAGCGUCAUCGUGGCCAGCAUCACCGCCCACAGGAGGGUGACCAACUUAGAGACAACCGCCUGCCAGCCGCUCAAGACUGAUGAGAGGAAAUCAGCGGACACCAGGGUGGACACGGCGAACAGACAUGGCUGCAUCAAAGGAAAAAGACGCAAACACCACAGUCAUCGCAGGGCCAGGAGCCCCUCCUUUGAUGAGGAACUAUCCCCCCGGCCCAAGGGGAAGAAGAAGAAGAGAAAGUCUGAACGGAAGAGGAAAAGGAAAAGGUCUCCUUCCUACAGCCUGUCGCCACUGAGGAAGAAGAAAAAGAAGAAGAAGAAGAGCUCCAAGAAAAGCAAGCGGCAUAGGUAUACAUCCAAAAAGUCAAAACACAGCUCUUCAAGUUUAAAACAUAAGAGGAAGGUUGAACGCAAGCACAAGAAAAGUUCACGGACUCACUCGCGGCGGAAGCGACGCUAUCGGAGGUCAGAGUCGGACAGUUCUUCUUACCAAUCUUCCACAGACGACAGACACCAUCUGCAGAAAUCUGUGGUACAUCAGGCAUUAGGAGACCUGGCAGUCGUAGUAGAGGAAACCAAUGGAGUGCUUGACCACACAGACAUGAAGUGGAGAUCUGCAACCAAAUCAGUGUGUAAAACGGCUCCAAAAUAUCGCUCCAUCCUCUCAACUGCCACCAUUUUAUCGUCAAAACCUGGAAGCGAGCUUUUACACGGAAAAGGGUCUCAGCAUUUAUCGAGCCAGACCGAAGGUCCGCACGAUUACGAUUCUGGGAAUGACACAUCUUCGCCGCCGUCAAGCAAAACUGGCGUUUCUCAGGCAAAUGUCACUGACGACAAGAAGAACCACUGUAAACGCCUGGCCUCGCCAGAGAAGCUUAAGUUCACUGACAAAGACAAUGCCUCUGAUUCAGGAAACUCUGUGACCAGCUACGCAUCCCUGUGCAAACCUUACAUAGAGGACGGCUUGUCUGCGACCCUUUUCAGUGGAAACGGCAAGAGAGAGCAGAUAACCUUAGGGUGUCGGGUAGAGGUUGUGAGAUCUCCAAAGCCUUCCAGCUGUUCACAGAGGAUGAGAGAGUCUCGAAGGCGUCUGAAAACCCGGUCAUCCAGCAGCAGGAGCAGGAGCAGAUCCUCGGGGAGUUCCAGAUACUCUGGGCGCUACUCUCGUAGCCUGUCGCUGUCAUCUUGCAGCUCGUACUCGCGUUCACCGAGUUAUUCAGCUGACCUGAGGCGACGAGGCAGCGUGGCCAGCCUGAGCUCCAGAGGAAGCUACUCCAGACACAGUGCUGAAAGACUACGAGACAGAAAGAGAAUGCAUAGCUCCCGAGAGAAAGAUGUGAAGCAUGCACAUAAGGUUAGUGGGAAGAGACAAAGACGCAAAUCCUACUCUCCUAUGAAGAAAAGGAGGAGAGACUCGCCAAGCCAUCUGGAAGCACGCCGAAUCACAAGUGCCAGGAAGCGACCCAUCCCUUACUUCCGACCCAGCCCUUCGAGCAGCAGUCGGUCCACCAGUGUGUCGUCCUGGAGCAGCCUCUUCACCCGCAGCCGCAGUCGCAGCCCCAUCCACAGUAUUAGCCGGAGCCGGAGCCACAGUUACUCCUCCUACAGGAGCUUCAGUCGCAGUUCAUCCUGGAACUCAAUCUUUGGGACCCGCAGUCGUAGCCGGAGCCGCGGUUCAUUGAACAAACGCAACAAAACAAGGCAUUAGGUUUCUGAGAGCACAUUAAGGUACGAGAGCGGGUACGGUGGAUGUUGGAGCAAUCGUCUGUGUGCGCCUCCGUGCUCCACUUUGACACUUGAGUGGAAAUGUCCCCGCAAGGGGUCCGACCAUGUCUUUCAUUGAGGCAGUCUUGUUCGCUCCCUGCUUACAGAGACCACUGGAGACCGAAUGUCUUUUUGUUUGUUUUGUUCUUGUACUGCAUUAUCUUGCAUCAGCACUCACAAUGGCCUGAGACUAUUUAUCUCUUAGAUAUUUACUAUAAAAAAUGCACAUGGGACAUAAACAGUGUUCCUGUAUUUGGUCAACAUACAUCGCUGUUCCUUAUUUUAUGUCCAUGCACUUCCCAUUGAAUUACUAUCCUAAAUAAAUGCUCAAUAUUUAUUUAAAAAUUGAUUGUUCUUUAAAAUGGUACAUAAUGAGGCCUGAAAAUACUAAGAUACUUUUUUUAAGGGGAUGGUGAAAUAUACAGUAUGUGUUAGCUAAUGCAAGAGCAGAUGCACCAGCGGAACACUUUUAAAGUUUCAUAAGACAUCGGGCAUUUACUGUCCAGUGUCAGGUUGGUAUGUUGUGAAGUAGUUAUGUAUUGCGGUAACGUUUGAGCCGUUUGAUCCGAGUGUUAACAAAUGGCUUCAGAGGGAUCGUUGUCAGGAAAAAGGGAAAAUGUUUAUUGCUCUGAUCUCUGCACUUCACAAGGUAGAGAACAAAUGUCUUUCCUCUAAAAAAUGAAACGGCGAGGGUGGCCUGACGACGAGCAGCUGCCUGUCAGCUCAAAGGUCAAAUUAAUUUAUCCUCUGAUCAAGUGGAAAACAAUUGAAAUGUCAGUGCAUGUAAUACAACAGAGAGUGAUCAAAACAUUGCGCAGGGACAGGGAGGGGGGUUUCUUUUGACAAAAUCUUCACGUGUCAGAAGAGAUAUUGUCCUUGACAGCUUAUGACGAAUAAAACGUAAUGAAUUUGUUAUGGGGUGGGGGAAAGGAUACUUUAAAGGUUAAUAUAAUGCUUAAAUUGUCAUCUUGGGCUGUCCUAUAUAUAUAUAUCUAUAUAUAUAUAUAUAUAUAUAUAUAUAUAUAUAUCUAUAUAUAGAUAUAUAGAUAUAUAUAUAGAUAUGUGUGUGUAUAUAUAUCUCAGUCUCAGUUUUUAUUUGAUACUUAUGAUUUCAAAAGAUGGCACAGAAAGAACAAGUUGUACCUCAUUUGGUGGCAACAUGUUGACAUUAAGUCUGAACUUAUGAAUAGCAUUGAUACUGAAUUUACUUGAAUAAUGUUUUUUUACAACACUGGAACCAAACACAUGAAUCAACUGUGUUCUUUGUUCUUGAGUUAUAUCACAACAGGAAAGGCCAAAUUUUUUUAAUUGUGCAGCGCCAUCCAUAUUUAUUACUAAUUUAAUAUUUAUUGGUUUGUUGUCCCUCUCAGUAGUGGUCAAUCUUUCUAUGCAACACUGUCAGUUUAUAGUUAUUAUGUAACUGCUGUAAUUUAUUUAAUUUUUUUUAAUUAUUCUUGGGUUUUGCCACCUCACUCACACAUAAACCUCAAAGUAGAAGCAGAUGUUCUAAAGAUGGAGGAGCAGAAGCUGAAAUGGCAAGAAAGCGAAGAAACAAAAUGUCAAACUUUUUUCUUUAAAGUUCAUUUUCAAAGCUGCUUUGACUUGAGUUUGAAUCUGCGAAGGAAGUUUGAAACUGCAUUUCCACAUAAUUAAGACUUAUAUUUCUCAAUCAUUUCAAAUCUAUCAUGCUGUCUGUGUAACUGCUCCAGGCCUGACAGACUGCUCUCUAUGCACUCAAUACUCGCAGCUUAUUUCCCUGAAUGUCAACUAAAUUGGACGAAUGAGGGAAAUAUGACGCUGGAAGAGGAAGGGACUUGGCACAAAAGUCACCCAUAAACUAUAAAGUGACGAUGACUCUGUGCCAGUAGAAAAUGUGUGCAGUCAUGUUAAUAAACUUUUUAGAAGGGUGCCCAGGCCACAACGGCCCUCUCCCCAUCUCACAAUGUAAAGUUUACAUCAGUUCUUGUGCAAGAUAAUUUUGAAUAUGUAAUAACUGUGGUGUAAAUAUGCAUCUGCAUUGUAAAGAUUAUACAAAAUGUGAUUAUUUGAUUUACAGAAUGUGAUUUGGGCCUUGUUGGAUGUUAAAAUGUUUGGAUAAUGUACUGACCAGUGGAAAAGGAAAAGACGACAACAUGCCCGUCAGGCAUCAAUAAAUGGACUCUAGAUGUCUUUGUGCUAAAGAUCCCUCUGAUCAUGUCUUUUGUUAUUUAAAAAAAAAUCCCAAAGUCAUAUAGCAAUAGUGAUUGAUUGUUUUCAGUGAUAAAUAAUGCAUACUCCCCCUGUUUCCCAUAUGAAGGAGCAUAUUGCAAAAGCAUAUGCUUUUCAUACUGUCACAUUUUAUCUUGUGUCAGCUGGAACUCCACUUUGUAAUAACCUGUCAUCUGAAUAUUGAAUUGUCCCCAGGAAAUCAACUUUCCCCUUUCACUGCUUGUUUAAAAUAAGCUCUAUAAAAUCAUGUUCUGAAUAAAAAACGUUUCUGA